UCUUCCGCGUGAAUCACUUGCUUUACUGGGAUGACAAGUAAACAAUCACAACUGUUGGAAGGUUGGACAUUUGAAAGAGAAAAAACAAGCAAGGAUUAUGCUCAUAUUUGUGUUCGAUGCUUACUUCUUGUAACACAAUGACAUGAUAAAAUCCUGCACUAUUUCCACUAGCGUAGGAGUUUCUUGCACCGUGUGUGUCUACCUCUACACACAUGCCGACCUCACGGCGGACGGGUGUGAGCACAAGGAAGGAAAUACCCGGUGUUUAUCGCGUAAUUUCGUUGCGACCGGAUGUGGAAUUUUAUCGCUAUUAACAAGAAAUGUAAAAUAAAACAUGUCAUGUCCAUUAUGCAUGUAUGAGAUUUGAUGAGUCGAUGCCUUUUUCUGUUUAUAUGCUUUCCCAAUUCGUGGAAGAAAUAAAACUAUUACUGCUUAGACACCUUAUUGACAAAAGGUAACCCCCUGAAUAAGAACAUCUAUUUCUAAUAACAAUAUUUAUAAGAUCUGCAUGUUUUAGUGUAGUCGUAAAGAGUGACACUUCCAAGUCAAACAGCGUAGGACAUGUUUUAAUUUUUUUGGCUUUAAUUGCUUUGUUUACCGGGAAGACAAGUAAACAUUCACAACAUUUGGCAGGUUGGACAUUUGACAGAAAAAAAACGUCAGGGAAGAAACCUAUGUGUUCAUGUUUGUGUUCAAUGCCUACUUCUCAUAACACCAUGACAUGAUAAAGUCACGCACUAUCUUGAAUAGCGCAGGGCUUUUUGCACCUCGUGUACCUGCCAAUUGUCACGUGAUGACCUGAAGGCAACGGGAUCAUAGAAUAAGGAAGUGAGCACCUGUGAGCUAACCAUUUAUGUGAUGGAGGCGAAGUUUUUGAUAUUUUACAGUCUUAUUCUUCUGGAGCGAAAAGUAUAUUCAGCAGUCAACAUUGAAGAAUGUCCAACUGACAUGAUAAAUGUAACGGAGGACGAUGAGCUCAGCCUUACCUGUGGUCCAUCUUACAGUGAGAUAGAGUGGUAUUAUUCUACCAACAACACGUUGGGGGACUACAUCGGCUACUGCAGUGGAACACGUUGCAAUCCCAUACAGUCAAAUAAGUUCAGAAUACACGCCGAGUGGUCUUCGUGGCCUUCACGGUUGUACAAAAGCAUUUUAGACAUCACUAAUGUCACGAGGGAGGAAGCUGGUUUUUUCCAUUGUAAAGAUUCUUACUCGAUGUAUACGUGUAGACUUCGGGUAACAGUACCUGCUAAUCUGGUUUCCGAAAACUGCAAUGUGGAGAUAUCAAACUGGAAAGUGCAAGGAACAUGCCAAGUUGCAAGGAUGUACUCGUCAGAUUCCAUCUACAAAUGCACGUGGAGCGUAAAUAAUGCCGAGCUACCAUCUGGCUUUGAAGAACCCCUUACUAAUUGGACUGACAGGUAUACAAGCUAUUUGAAUAGAACCUACAUGAGGGGAAAUUGCUCUUUUAAGCAGGAAAUGCCUUCUGUAAGGUACAGCUACACCUAUAAAAUCAGUGUUGAUCCUGGUCUUCAAAACUUCUUUGUAAAGACGAUUAACAUAGAGCCUCCUAAGAAGCCUGAGAUCAACUGUUCAGAAACCGUUCUUGAGGGAUCGACUGUCGUCUGUAUGUGCACCUCCCAAUACAAAGGAAAUCCACCUGCGAAAUUUGCUUGGGAUGGAAUAGAUACUGAUAGACUACUUCUUCGCAAUGUCAGCCGACAACAAAACUGCACUAAAUAUACAUGUCGACAGACUUGGGGUCCUUACGGAUUUAUCAACACUACAGUUAACUACACCUUAACAGUAGCAUGUACAGAAGAGAGCAUCAGGCAGGUAGAUGAACAGAAGACAAAAGCAAAGGACUCGUCAUCGUCGGGCAGCAUUAACGGAGGACUAAUUGGUGGCAUUGUUGCAGCUGUAGUUUUUUCAAUUAUUAUUGGAGCUGUCAUCGUUGUCUUCAUAGUCAAGCGGCGGAAAGAUCCAAUGUACGACACGGCUAGAAGACCUGCUAAUAACGAACAUAAUUAUGAAGACCUUACUCAGAACAGGUGUGAAGUUCGCCAGCCAGCAGGUGCAAGCAACAAAGACGUUACAAGACCAAACACUGAUGGACAUAUGUAAUGAGAAGUUAUUCUUAAAGAUCAGAAUGCCUCGCAAACUACAGGUGCAGUCUUUGUUAUACCAAGGACAUCAAGGACUGCUCGCAUUUCCUAAAAAGACUUGUUAAAACCUACAGAAAAGAGAGAAACAAGAACAAAAAGAUAAGCUGAUGUUUAAGGUUCACAUUCCACAAGAACAGGUGUGUUGUUUAGCAUCUCGCCAGACCACAGCCCACCUUCUUCUUUCACGCUUGCUGUGAUCAUCUAUUAACAAUAAAACACAACUAAAACAGUUAAAAACUCAGUUAUGUGUAUUCCUUCGAGUCGUAGCACGGCACAAUAUCUUAUUGUAGAGGGCUUAAUCAUAGAAACAAGCAAAUUCUUAUUUCAUUUAAAAUUUAAAAGCAUAAAACCACAACUAGAAGGAAGCAAAUACAAAACCUUUAUCGAUGGUCUCCACUGCUAUGUGCUACAAAACUAUCCGGUUUAUCUCUAUUUUUCGUCUUUCUUUUUUAAUUUGUCUUUUAUUUAUAGCCGAACUGAUUCUCUUUCUUGCAACUCCUAAUUAAAAUUUUCAAGUUGAAUUCUAGCUCCUACUCCUCGAGUGAGCAAAUAUGCCUCGAGUUCUUUUUUAUUUACAUCUACCUCACACCCGCACUUAGCCGACCUGGGAGUCCCUAAAGUGUCCUGAUUUUUUGGUUUUUUUUUUUGCUCUGUGCGUUGUUCGCUUCUCUUUCUCUCGUCAUGUCGUUCAUGUUGUGUGCCCCAGGUAGGACUAGAGAACAGUCGAGUACUGGAUGAGCAUUUUACUUCCUUGUAGAUGUCGACAACACUAUGUCACCUGAUCCUGUUAUCAGCACACCUUUCGUCUCUCUUUCUUUCUCCUUAUUUUAAAUUUCUUCUUUUCCUCUUUUCCUCUCGUUGUCUUAGGGAGAAAUUAUUUCAACAUUUAUAGGUAUAUAAAUAAUGCUAGACGAUUGCAUUCUGAAAACUGCCCUGGUGGACAAAUACAGUUGUAUUGUACGUAUUUAUUAAAAAAAAAUAUUUUUCG